UAAAUACGGCAGUUUCGUAAACGUCUCAGACUACUUAUAAAAAUUGAAAUAUUACAAUCAAUCAAACAGUUUAAUGGAAGAUUUCAACAAUAAUUCAUCAUCUCGAUCGUCUUCGGAGCGUCCAACAUCAAGACGAGGUGGAACCGUCGGCGCUUCAGGAAUUCAAAACACAUUCAAUGAUUCUUCUUCGCCGAGUCCAAUUGGAAUUCUGAGACCGGGAACGGCAAUGAAACCCUCCUCAAUAGUCAGAGGGGGAACUGCAAGUCGAUUGGUCGCAAAUAGUGCUCUUUCAACUAAUUCGACCUCAUCCGUCCAGAGAAUUGGUACGGCACUGGGCAAUGCAGGGAACCGUAUGGCAGAGCGUCCCAUCACUCAACAUGGAAUAAGUGGUUUGUCUACUUCUUACGGUCGAGUUGGAACGGCUAGCGGUAAUCGUCAAAUCAAGGAUAAGCGCUACUGGCAGGCUUUGCUUCAGAGUAAAAUACAGGAAAUAUCACAAGAAACGGAUAAGCUUAUGAAAGAGAAAAAAUUUUUAGACCGCGAAAAGUCUGCCAAAAAACUGUACGAGAAAAAGGCCCGAGAAGCUGCAAAGGAACUGACGCAUCUACAAUCAACAUUGACAUCAAUGAAUAUCGCCUUAGACAACUGCAGCUCAGGAAUGACUCGUCAACAGCUACAGAACGAAACAACAGCACUGCGAGAACGUAACGAGCACAUCCAAGAACAGCUUGAGGUUGUUUUCAAGCAGAGGCAGACCAAGGAUGUUGAAAACAAGGAACUUGAAGUCGAUGUAGAGAAAGAGAAAAACAAGAUUAAUGAGAUGAUCAGUUCUCUCUCCGAUGCAGAUCAACAAAAGUAUCACGAAUAUCAAGCACUCACAAAUAAUUUAAAGCAACAAAAUACAAUAUUUCAUAAUCAGAUUAGUGAUUUGGAAAAGCACAAGGAACGAUUGAACACCAUCAUAAUGAAUUCACAAACUCGUACUGAAGCUCAUCGAUUAAAAUCGAAAUUUAAGGAACUCGUAGUCAAACGCAAUCAAAUGCGAGAUGAGGAAAAUAAUCGUCUUUCACCUGCUCAGGAAAGAGAAAAACUAAUCAACGAGGUACGAGCGAACAACCAGGCUCUGGCAAGCAUUGGCAAACAACUAAAAAUUGUUGAAGAUCAAUUGACAGAAAAGAAAGAUAUGCUACAACAGAUCGACCAAGAUUUAGAAGAAGGCAAUUCCGAGCGACACAUCAAAUAUAAGGAGCUAAGGAAACGUGACGAAGUGAUGUCUGCUUUUAUGGACGAAUUUCAGAAAAAUUUGACGGUUGAAAAGCAAAACAUUGAAUCCCUGAAAAACCAGAUAACGUAUGCUAUUGAGCAAAUUACUUUGCAAGGCGUUAGCAUGCAAUCCUUAGGCUCGGAGAAACUGGAAUUUACAGCGAAAAAUGACCUAAACUCCCACGUCGGUCUAACCAAAGAGUAUAAAAAGCUCGGUAUUCAAUUGAAACAACUGCAAAUAUUAGAGAAAAGGACCGUUAAGCAACUGGACGAAUUGAGAACGAACGAAACUGAUGCUUUGAACAACAUUCAUAAGUAUAACAACCUGGAGGCUCCAAGAUCAGAGGCAAUUGUGAAAAUGAACGAGUUGACCGGGGCGUUACAGGAACUGGAGGACAAAAGACGCGUAACUGAGAAUGUAGUCGAAGAAGCAAGAAAACGUAAUCAGGAAAUUAAAAUCAACUUAAAAAGUAAUGACACAUAUCGUCAAAUAUCGCAUUUGGAGGAUAAAUUGCUGGAUUUAAUGAAAGAAAACAAAACAUUGCAAGAAGUAGUUGACCAGUUGCAAAAGGAAUGCGAUUAUUCAGCGAUUCGGUCGGAAGUGGAGCAAUUGGUUGGAGAGCAUAAUAACUUGCUGUGCUCGGAAUUGAUUAAUUAAUAACAAUAAUAAUCGUGUUAUGCAAAACUAAAACGAAACAGUAAUACUGAUAAUCAGAAAAGUCAUUCAGGGGUUAUCCUACGUUUGUGCUUGGGGCACUUAACCGUUUUACCUUGAUU